AUGGGGACCGGUGGUCCCCCAGGCGCAGACAGCUCCCCAGGGAUCCGGGGCCUGCAUGGCCCCAUGGCCAUGUUGACAGCAGCACCGCGACCAAAGGUCCCUUUUGUGCCCCUGUUAUCUCGCCUCAGGCAUCACGUGGCUGUUUGCUCCGCUGCUUUGGAGAUGGCUCUGCCCCCACCCAGCCCAUGGGGUUUUCACCCCCCAGAGCUGCGGCACGUGUCAGGCGCGGACUGCGCCCCGGGCAGCGCGGACCGUGCCGCCACCGGAGCCCGGCCGCCCUCUGCUCCCUGCCCGCGCCCGCGGGGGCGGCCGGGGAGGCCGCGCAGCGACCGCAGCCGUGCCGGCGAGCCUGGCACCGGAGCCGCCGCUGCCCCGGGGCAGCCGGGGCUGCGGGACAGCCCGUCCCGCUGCUCAGCCCAGCUCCGGCUCCGUGUCCCCAGGUUUCGGGGCACGCGAGACGAAGACACCUCGCAGGCUCCCCCCUCUGAAGCUGCGCUGCCCCUGCUGUGUUGGCUGGCGCUCGGCGACCUUUGA